UGAAAAAGUCCUUAGGAUGGAAAAAAGCAAGAACCGUUAGAGAAAAAAUGGAUGCAGUUAAUUUUAUGAAAAUGAAACAUUUGUUCUUCUAAAGAGACCCAUAAGAAAAUGAAAAGACAAGUCACAGAAUGGGAGAAAUGUCUGCAGUACACAUACCCGGCAAAGGACAUGUGAAGAGCUAGCACAUAAUAAUAGAAAGACAACUCAGCCGAACACGGUGGCCCAGAAAAGUGAACAGACUCAUCACAAGAGAUGUAAGGUGUGUGAGUGGCCCACAAGCAGGACAGAGGUGCUGACCAUAUCUAGUUACAGAAACACAGAUGGUAACAGAGAACCACCGCCCACCUGCCAGUGUGUGAUCACGACCUGGUGUGGCCAGAGCAGGUGAGGCGCUCAGAGCUGCAGGGGCUGCAUGUGGAGCCAUGGCCGGAGAACAGCUGGGCAUUAGCUUCCCAGAGUUACCUUGACCCAGUGCUUCCAGAUGUUGACCCAAGAAAGAAGGCAAGUGACCGUGCAGGAACAGGCCCAAGAAUGUCUCCGGCAGCGUUAGCCAAAAUGUGGAAACAGCCAUGUGGCAAUUGGCAGGCAGUGGGCAGGGGAAGCGUCCUUACAGUGGAUGCCACUGAGUCACAAGAGGGCAAAGUACAGAGGAAUUCAAAGAUCCCCACGGCCGUGCUGAUGGGCAGGAGCCCAACCCAAGGGUCGUGCAGGCUAGUGUGUUUCCCUGGUUACUCUAGAGAUGUGGCAGCAUGAGCACUAAAUCACCUGGGCUGUCUCGUUUCGAGUGGUUUCCAUGUUAGGAAGUUUACUUGAGGCCGGUGAUCCUAUUUCGUCUGUUUGCUCUCUGGACCCACUGCCCAUCAGAAGCUCUUGCCCUGGACUCCCUGUGCUGUCGCCCAGCUGGAGGUUGCUCACACGCCCUUCUGUGAUGACGGCAGGUGGGCAGCUCAUGUUCCUCUGACCGGCCUGGCCCUUCAGAGGCACACCCACCGCCGGACAGUUCUAUCUCUGGGUGAAAACGCUGGAAAUUGAAUUCGGGUCUUACGAGGACAGGAUGAAGUGGCUGGGCUCCAGGGUUGUGACACUCUGGAGCCAGCAACCAACCCCCUGACUGCUGAUCAAGAGUGGCAAGGGCCUGAAUGUCUGCAGCCCACGUCCAAGAGGGCCAGAGCCUGCACUCCGGGACAUGGCACUCCGGCGUGCCAUCUUCCUGGCUGGCCUCCUGGUGGAAGUUGCUAGCAGAGCCUCAGGAACUGCGGGUCAGCAGCCUGAGUGCUGUGUGGAUGCGGGAGACAUCAACGCCACCUGCCCAGGCACUAGCCUGUGUGGCCCAGGCUGCUACGGGCGCCCGGCCGAGGAUGGGAGCGUCAGCUGCAUCCAGUGCAGGAACGGAACCCACAACAGCUCCGAGUGCAGAGGCCUUGCCGGCCGAGGUGCACAGUUCCCGGUGAACAAGAGCACAGGGAUGCCUGGGCGGCAGAAUGUCGGGGGCCCUCAGGUGGCCGCCUCCCUCUUCCUGGGGACAUUUCUCAUCAGCUCGGGCCUCAUCCUCUCUGUGGCUGCAUUCUUCUACCUCAAGCGAGCCAGCAAGCUGCCCAAGGUCUUCUAUGGAAGAAACAGAGCUCCCGCCCUGCAGCCUGGCGAAGCCGCUGUGAUGAUUCCCCCACCUCAGUCCUCAGUGAGGAAGCCGCGCUACGUCCGGCGUGAGCGGCCCUUGGACAGAGAUGUAGGCCCCACCACUGUCUCCUCUGUGGAGGCCCGAGCGCUACAGAUCCUCAUCUACCUGGGGAUGGAAACUGGCCUGAAACUGCUGGAGGUCAAGACAGGCCUGGAUGCAGGCUGGCCCUGUGGUGUGCUGGGACUCGGUAUUGACCUGCUGAAACCGCUCCCUGUACCCCAGGGAGACUUCUGGAUCCUCUGCCUGGCCUGCCAGGGAGAGGAUGGGAGGCCAGCCAAUCCUGAAGGCCCUGGGCCACACCCUGGCCAGCGUGAUCCCAAGCGAGCGUAUAAAUACACCUGCCAGGAGCCCACGCCCAGAGAACUCACACCUGCCUCGGACAGCGCUCCACACCUGAAGGAGCACACACGUCCCACACCCCACCUGGCCGGCACAGCUGCAGACAGACAGCUCUGGAGAGGAACACUAGUCGGGGGAACACAGGCCAGCCUGGACCAGAGGAGACAAAGCCAGCGCUUCCAGGACGAGUGA